GGAGGUGGCGGCGGUUACUUUACAGAAGAGUUCCCAGGCGCCUUUUGAAACUGACGAGACUAGUCAAUUUCAACUGGGGUCGACGGUGCCCCUGGGAAACAGAAGAAUGCAAGAUCUGGAAAGAGCGGAGCGGGGACGCUGGGGUGGCAAGCUUUCCUCCGCUUGAGCUCUCAGGUUCCGUAGACUUUGUGUGCGCGUACACACACACGCGCACACGCACACCCCUCUGCUGCCCUCGCUCCCGCCUCCUCCUCUCUCUCCAGCACCACCAAGUCCUCCGAGCCCGGGACUGCGAAGAGAUCAAAAGCAUUUGUGUGUGCCUUGGAAGUAGAGUUCAGCCCUUGGCUUUUACUUCACCAGCUUUGCUGGGUGGGAGGAGGAGGAGGAGAAGAGAAAGAAAGAAAGAGAGAAAGAAAGCCAGCCAGCCAGCCAGCCAGCCGGUGACAGAACUCGGUCUUGGGUUUGCAACUUUGCUGGAAACGCUGGAUCUCCCCGAUGAGGUAUCUGAACAACUGCAAUGGAUGUGCAGACCUGAAGACCCAAAGGAUACCUCCCACUUGUGAUGGGCCUGGUAUCUGCCUAGGAAGAACUGGAGAUUUGUUGGGACACCCUGAAUUAGCAAGGAAAGCUAAAUAUAACCCCUUCUGUUGCCUGGACCUUUUCAUAGACCAUUAAUUUCUCAUUCCUGACUUCUCCCAACAGCUGGAAUUCACUCCCUAAGUACUGAAUUAUCAUCCAUUUAAUUGAUUACAAAUUCUUUAACAAGCUUUCAACUUCUCUCUGUUCCCUUUUAAAGGAGUGCAAUUCCCAGUAGCAUUUAUCAUAAUUGAGAGAGGUUUUUUUUUUUAAUGUACUGUGGGGUUUCUGAACAUAUUUUUGUUUGGGCUUUUCCCCCCUCCUUCCACCAUUCCACUGGAGUUAUCUUGACUAGUUAUCACACACACGGAGCACCCUGAUGGCUUCCUAAAGCAGAGGAGCAGUUGCCAUUCAUGAUGGGGCGAGAGCAGGAGCUGAUCCAAGCUGUGAAAAAUGGGGAUGUACCUGGUGUGCAGAAACUGGUGGCUAAGGUCAAGGCAUCCAAAAGUAAACUCUUGGGAUCAACAAAACGGCUGAAUGUGAACUACCAGGAUGUAGAUGGAUUUUCAGCGCUACACCAUGCAGCCCUGGUUGGGAGCCUGGAGCUCAUCUCCCUGCUGCUGGAGGCACAGGCCACUGUGGAUAUUAAGGACAUCAAUGGAAUGCGCCCACUACACUACGCUGCUUGGCAAGGCAAGAUGGAGCCAGUGCGCCUGCUGUUACGGGCAGCUGCUUCAGUCAAUAUGGCAUCGCUGGAUGGACAGAUCCCGCUACAUCUUUCUGCACAAUAUGGCCACUAUGAAGUGUCGGAGAUGCUGCUCCAGCACCAGUCCAACCCAUGCCUUGUCAACAAGGCAAAGAAAACCCCCCUGGACCUGGCCUGCGAGUUUGGGAGGCUGAAGGUGGCCCAGCUGCUUUUGAACAGUCACAUGUGCGUGGCUCUGCUUGAGGGACAAUCCAAAGACACAAGUGACCCCAACUACACCACUCCUCUACACUUGGCAGCCAAGAAUGGGCACAAGGAGAUAAUCAGGCAACUGCUGAAAGCUGGAAUUGAGAUCAACAAACAGACGAAGACAGGAACCGCCUUGCAUGAAGCAGCGCUGUACGGAAAGACGGAGGUGGUGCUCCUGCUGCUGCAAGGUGGCAUUGAUGUUAACAUCCGCAACACCUACAACCAGACAGCCCUGGACAUUGUCAACCAGUUCACCACCUCGCAUGCCAGCAAGGACAUCAAACAACUACUACGAGAGGCAUCAGGAAUCCUGAAGGUCCGAGCUUUGAAGGAUUUUUGGAACCUCCACGACCCAACUGCUCUCAACAUCCGGGCCGGAGAUGUCAUCACGGUCCUGGAGCAGCAUGCAGAUGGACGCUGGAAGGGCCAUAUCCAUGACUCUCAGAAGGGCACAGACCGCGUGGGCUACUUCCCUCCAUCCAUCGUCGAAGUCAUCAGCAAGCGGACAGGCCUGACUCUUCCCCGCAUGGUGCCCUUACACCCGUGCCAGAGCCUUGCCAAGGGCCAGCAGGUUGCCACUGCCGCCACCCCUCCUGGUGGGCUGCAGCCACACACAGACGCCUCUCCGCCUGUUUUGCCGCAGGCAUCCCUCGGCCUCCCCGCCGCCUGCAGCCACCUCGCCCUGACCAGGACAGCCCCAGUAGCUGAGAGCCCAGCAGGCGACCGGAACAGCGUGGGCAGCGAGGGCAGCAUUGGCAGCAUCAGGAGUGCUGGCAGCGGGCAGAGUACUGAAGGCACCAAUGGGCAAACCACUGGAAUCCUCAUUGAGAAUGCGAAGCCACUUUCGCCUGGUGGUGAGGAUCUGCAGCAGCACCUCCUGGGUUCGAAUUCUCACAAUGGACAAACAAAUCCCAUGCAAGGGACCCUGGCGCACCAGAACCUCUCCAACUGCAACGCCAGCGACAGGAUCUUCUCCCAUCAGUAUAUACGCCCAGAACAACUCCUGGAGGGGAAGGAUGCUGAAGCCAUUUACAACUGGCUGUGUGAAUUCCAGCUGGAGUGCUACACAGCCAACUUCCUGAAUGCAGGCUACGAUGUGCCUACAAUCAGCCGUAUGACUCCGGAGGAUCUCACAGCCAUUGGAGUGACCAAGCCAGGCCACAGGAAGAAAAUUUCUACGGAGAUUGGACAGCUCAGCAUUGCUGAAUGGCUCCCAAGUUACAUCCCUGAUGACCUGAUGGAGUGGCUGAGUGCCAUCGGGCUGCCCCAAUACCACAAGAAGCUGGUGAGCAACGGCUACGACUCCAUCAGCAUCGUGACUGACCUGACCUGGGAGGACUUGCAGGAGAUCGGCGUCAACAAGCUUGGCCACCAAAAGAAGAUCAUGCUGGCUGUCAAGAAGCUGGCGGACCUGCGCAAGAGCCUGAGCCAGGCUGACACCAGCACUCUGAGGCGCAAGAUCCCUGGCGCCUUGGAUAUCGUCACCAUAGAGGCGGUGGAGAACGGGGAGUGCCACUCUCCCCUCACCCCCAAGUUGACCACUUUCCAGGACAGCGAACUCAGCUACGAGCUCCAGACGGCCAUGUCCAACAGCUGCCAGGAGACGCUGACCAUCAAGAACACCCAAGGCAUGUCACGAAGCCAAGAGAGCAUCGGGGUCCGGUCCAGGGGCUCGGGGCACUCCCAGGAGAACAUGCUGUCCCAAAGCACCACCUCCAGCCAUUCGCAGGAAAGCCUGGGCAGCGGCGGCAGCAGCAGCGGGAGCAGCAGCGGCGGCGGACGCUCUUCCACCCAGCCCCGCCUCGUGGAAAACACCGCCGUCCCCCAGGGUCGGCCCGGCCUGGAUAGCUAUGGGAAAUUCAUUCCCCAGCUCAGCAGUCCAGACGGCGUCAACUGCUAUUCGAACAGUUGCACAGGAAGCCCCCUGAGGGAGAGGAAUCUGCCCGAGGGCAUGGAUCAGUACCAAAGGCCCAGCGCUAUGAAAGGGGACUUCCUUCCCCAGCCGGCUCCACUGGAGGCGCCAAGCCCAGCGCCGGCCACAUCUCCCUGCACUUCCCCCCACAUGGCCAGCAGGGGGACAGCCCCAUAUGUCUUCAUGUACCCCCACGUGUCACUGAAGUCCCAGCCAUCUCCCCCUCCUGUGCCUCAGCAGGCUAAGGCCCCAGCUCACUUCUCCGCCCAGAGGAGCCUCCUGCAGUCAACAGCCCAGAAAGCCUUCUCCUACCUCCAUUCCCACUGCGGCCCCACGGAGCUGCCCCAUGGGCCCCCAAGGCCUGGGGCCGAGCCACACGGCGGCGAGGUCUUCAAGCACAAAAAGCGCUCACACAGCUUGAACCGCUACGCCCUGUCCGACGGGGAGACGGAAGAGGAGGAGCUGCCUCCCAGUAGCUCGGUGGGCUCGUACGCCACCCUCACCAGGCGGCCGGGGCGGAGCCAGGUGCCGCGGAUGCAGCCGCCAUCGGACGCUAAGGUCUUGCGCAGUCAGUCCUUUGCCAUCCGGGCCAGGAGGAAAGGUCCGCCGCCCCCGCCGCCCAAGCGCCUCAGCUCUGUCUCCAGCGCUCAGGCUGUCGAUGCGGAGUACGAGCAGGGCCUAGUGGUGCAGAAAGGGCCCUCGCCAGCCCAGGAGGGAGGAGAUCACGCUCUCGAUCAGGGGGGCCCUGUGAGAAACGCGCCAGCCACGCUUGACGGGCCUCUCCCCAACGGGAGCCCAGCCCGGCCGCUCCAGUCCUCAACGUCCUCAGGUUCGGCUCAGGGUGGGGCCAGCAGAACCUGCUCACGCAACUCCGUUCCAGGAGGGGAGCCCAGCAGCGCCGAAGCCGCAAGCGGCAGGAGCCAUGCCUUCGAAAGCAACCUCCCCAGGAGACGAACGUUUAGCGAAUCUGCGGUCACCAUGACGGAGGCCUUGCGGCACGGCCACGAGGACGUCCGAUCAGACACGGAGGACGAGGCGCCGAGCGGGCGGGACGACGGGACCAAGUCCCCUUGCUCUUCCCAGAACAGCUCCAGCGAGUGCAUUCCCUUUGCAGAAGAAGGCAACCUGACCAUCAAGCAGCGGCCCAAGCCUGUUGGGCAGCUCAAGGCCGACGCCCCCGCGCCAGACUCGGACUCCCCCCAAGCUCAGCCCAGUGGGGAAGAGCAACCGGGGCUCCCAGCCCAAGAGAGCUCUGCCUUGGAGUUCAAUCUGACAGAAUCCGACACAGUCAAAAGGAGGCCCAGGUGCAAAGAGCGGGAGCCCCUCCAGAAGGUGCUGAAAGCCUUUGGGGUGGCGGCGCCCCCCGGCCCAGCCGCGACAGCCCCGGCCCCACAAUACGCCCAGGCGCAGACAGUAAGCAUCAGUGGGCCUUCGCUGCACGUGCUGGAGCCGCCACUGCCCGCUGGGGAUGCUUUGGAGGACAACAGCAUGGAGUUCCAGAUCGCAGAGAUAGAGAAAAGCAUCCUGUCUCUGGAGAGGGGGAUCAAGAAGCCGCCAGUCUCUUUGAAACCAGCCAACCCAGUACCACUGCAGAUGGAGAGGCACGGGGGAUUGGUCCAGCAGAAGACGGCAGCUACAGCGACUGACCCGCUGGCCAAGCACACGUCCGUCGCUUCGACCAAGCUGGUAUUUUCUGGACCAAAGACCAUCUACCAACAAGUCCUCCAGAACUCCCGCAACACAGUUGCCCCCUGGGCCACGGCAGAGACGGGGCCAGAGGCGACAGGCCCCUACGCCGUGAAGCUAGGGCUAGGCAGCAAGCCGGCCUUGAGCUUUGGGGUGCCCCUUUCAAUGAGGCCCCUGAACACAUCUGCAGACACGAUCCUGGCGCAGCACAGACUGGAGCAAACCAACUCGUCUUUGGCGUCCACCCUGGAGGCUGCCGAGAAGAAAAUCACUGCUGAGGAAGCUGACAGCCACUAUGGGAAAGCCCAUUCGGCCAAGAACAUCCUGGAAGACAUCAGCAACAUGUUUGAUGACCUAGCCGAGCAGCUGGACGCCAUGUUGGAUUGAGGGCUGGCUCCCUUCCAUGAUGCAGUGCCGGGGGCUCAACCUUCUGCCGUGCCAUUUCUGACGACAGGUGGGCAGCCUUGGGGAUGAGUCCCUCCAACGACUUCAGGCCUCCCCAACCUGCACUUUACCAUCUUGCUCACCUGAUUGCUCCCGUCGGAGAUCAGAUUCCUGUGUGUGAACGUCCAGCCAGAGACGACCGCAGCCAGCCGCUUACACCCCAGGGCCAUUCCUCCAAGAGGUCUAAAGCAAGCUGGGGAUAAGAGCACAUGAACUAAUGUCGACUCAGUUUCCUCCUCUGUGUUCCAGAACCUUCCCAGGCCCAUAAGCACUGGCCACCCACAACAACAUUAGUGCCACAGAGAGGAGCUGAUUGAAGGCCAACUGCUCUUAACGCGUUGCGGAGGAAGAUGGAUGCCAGGGGCUAUUGAGAGCCUCCUGGGAGCUGUGGCCUCCACCCACGUCAUGCCCCAGACUGCUACGCCGCUUGUAAAGAGCAGCCCGUUGCCUGUUCCUGCGUUCCGCCAUUUCAACGAGGCCAACAAUGUGUCAGCUUUUUUUAGGCGGUGACAGCCGCAAAGGGACCGAGCGCUCAGUGAGGCCUACUGCCACCUCAGUUGCCCAAAUGAAACCAGACUAGUAGCCUGGCAGCUUGCAGAGCAAGACAAGUCCUCGAGCUUUUCCAGCAUGUCAAUAAAGGAAGCACCAUGUAAUCCGGGUGGAUUGAAAUCCCUCACAGUGCUCCUUCUUCCCCGCUCCCUCUAAAAGCAGUUGGCACCGUCGGUGGCUCUCAAAACUCCCCGGCAAGCAAAAUGGGAUCAACAUUUCAAUAACGGGCUUUUCAAGGGAACUGAAAACUACUUGACCUUCUUUCCUGAAUACCUUGGACUCGUUCAGUGCAUGGGGCAGGCGGAGUGGGAAAGAAGAUUGUCUUCUGAUUUUUCUUUCAAUAGAAUCUGGGAGGAAAAUGCUGAUUAGUGGUUUACAGUCUAUAGCACCCUCUGGUGGCUACUGGCAAAGGUAAUAAAGCAAUGCCUGACAUGCUGGUUUGCUAUCCUUUUAACUUUAUGAAAAGUGAUUGUUCCCAGCUGUAAAGGAUGCUUCCAGAUGGAGGGCACACCUCUCCCAAUCAAAAGGCCAUGUGCAACUAUUCCGUCUUUGCCUCCUUCAUGGAUUUUUUUCUGGUAAGAAUGAGAGACAGAAAAAGUGGUGGAAAACAUGGGAAGGUUAUAAAUGGGCGACACCGUUGUCUGGCUCUUUCUGUAAAAUCCUCUGAAGGAGGCAGGACAAUUGCACAAUAAACACCUUGUCUGGAAUCACCCAAAUUCUCUUCUCAGUAGGGAACAAAACAUACUUGACAACAAAUAGCUCUCUUUUGGCAUUUUAGAAAAGCUGUCAGAAUUUGGGCUACAGACAAGACGGCCUUCCAGGUCCGCCCCUCUUAGUCCAUUAGGGAGGGGCUGUAACUUGGUGCUGCAGCACCCGCUUUGCAUGCAGAAGUUUCCCAGGUUCAAUCCCCGGCAUCUCCCGGUAGGGCUGGAUAAACUGUUGCCUGAAUCUCAGUACAGCCACAGCAGCCCAUUGGUGUCAACAAUACUGGGCUAGGUGGACCAUGGGUGGACCAAUAGCCACUUCCUGUCUCCCUGUCCGAAGUGAGCCUACAGCCUCUACACCACCUCUGUGGAACUGUGCAGGAGACAAAGGCCCUGUUGCAGCCCUGUGACACGCCACUUCCUUCCUGGGAGCAGUUCAGCUUUGAAGAGGAAGAUCUUGUGUGUCUGCAGCACCUAUCGAAAUACGUCCAAGGUGGUGCAAGCCUGGCAGCCUACAGAAACUAGACUGCGCAAGAGAAGGGAAAAAUAAAAUCGCAGUUAGUACAUGCUACAGACCAGCUUUCCCCAGCCUGAUGUCCUCCAGAUGUGCUGGACUGCAACUCCCAUCAUUCCCAGCUAGCAUGACCAUUGUAUCCCGCCAAGGAGGGCUUUUCUUUUGUUUUUAGCUACAUCUGAAAUGAAGGCAUUGUAUAUCCCAGUCUCAAGACUUCUGCCAGCAUUACCAGCAUUGGAGGCAGACAUGGCAACUCAACUGUUUUAAGAUGAGGACAACGGAUCCUGUCAUCCUUGCGAAAGCCUUGGCAGAUAGAGCCAGGAUGCACUGUUCCUCGGUUUCUCAGUGUUGAAUCCUGGAGUGGUGGGUGAUGGUUCUCUGGAAGGAGGUGAAAUCCAAACGGUGACGCGGGGGGGGGGAAGCAACGAGGGCUGGCAAGAUUUGGGGUCUACAACAGAGCCUAUUAACAGGUCUUGGCCAUUGACAUAGUUGCUCUUCAUUUUCUGACACUCUUUUUAUCCAUAGUGUCGAGUGGAUUAGUCAUCCUCUGGUUGAUGACUAGUGCUAAAAGAAUAAUUAAGAAAAAUAGCUGCAACCGGUGGCACUUUAUAAAAAGAGUUCUUUAAACCCUUAAAAAAAGAAGUAAAAGGGAUUGAAUUUCACACUAGCUGACUUGGGCUGAGUCCAUUUUUUUCACUGUUGAUAAAACUGUAAAAGAUUUUUUUAAAAGAAAAACCAUACAAAUGUAUAUAUUUUGAAAAUGUGGGUUUGUUAUAUAUUUACUAACCAGAAUUGUAUUUUAGGGUCUGGGGUGGAACCACAUUACUGUCUGAGCCACUAGGGGGCAGUAAAAUGCUGUUCUUUGUUAUCACUAAUGAGGGAAGCGUCUGGGUUUUUUUGUCUUUCAGAGAAUGCUUAUUUUUUAAGAGCUAGUUCUUUAUUUUAAAGAUAUUGUAUGCUGUGUAAAUUAUGUAUGGAUGCGAUUGUGUCUAACCAACCUUGGCUACAUCUGCUACAUGUAGCAGGAGGUGGCCUGUGGAAAUUAGUGCAGGCAAACACCAGCCAGGAAGUUUUUUUUAACCAUCUGGCCUGUUUGUGUUAAAUCAUGAUUUCUUGUUUUUCACUAACAUCAACUCCAACUUAAUGGAAUUAAACAGUGGGAAUAAUUUUCCCUUU